AUGGAUUUUCUUAUCAUUGUUGGUUCCGCACUCUUUAUCUGCAGUCUGUCAGCCUCCGCAUCGAAGCUAUUCAGUGCAGACUUCUACGAGCCGAGAGGCCAACGGAUCUGUAAGCGCGGCACAGAGCGCCCCUGCUACAAAAUUGCCUACUUUCAAGACGGCAGACGCAAAGUGAACUUUGAGGAGGCGAGCCGCGCUUGUAAAAGUGAUGGCGGUGAGCUGCUAAGUAUCGAGUCCGAGGCUGAGCAGCAACUGAUAGAACAUUUCAUCCAAGAGCUGAGAGCUGCAGACGGAGACUUCUGGAUUGGACUGCGUCGAGACGCGGGCUACGAGGAGACGAGUGGGGACUGCCCGUCACAGUACUACUGGCUGGACGGAAGCCAGUCAACAUUUAGAAACUGGCACUGGGACGAGCCGUCGUGUGGCUAUGAGGUGUGUGUGGUGAUGUACCACCAGCCAUCAGCUCCACCAGGCCUCGGUGGUCUCUACAUGUUCCAGUGGAACGAUGACAACUGCGAGACAAAGAAUAAUUUCAUCUGCAAGUACACCAAAGAGACUUCCCCUGUGCCUACUCCAUCAGCAAAUGGAAGUGUUCCAGGUGCUCCACCACCAUCCUUGCAGCCAAAAUAUCCUUCAGUAACAAAAACAGAUGAAAGAAUGAGAGUUGUUGUAUCUCCAAACCCAGACAAUGCCUUAAAUGUUGCCUACAUCAUUCUUCCGACAAUUCCACUGCUCCUACUGCUGAUAGUUGCAUCUGGAGUUUUUUGCUUCAAGCUUUUCUCAAAGAGGGGUAAGGAACGGACUGAGACCUGCGCUAAAGAGCCAGGCUACUGGGUGUCUGAUGAGCACUGUGACAGCCCCGGGCAGGACGUCUACAACGUCAUCAGGAAGCAGCACGAGGCAGACCUGGCCGGGACGCGGCCGGACAUCAAGAACACGUCCUUCCUGGGCUCCUCUCCCGACACGCCACCUGGCGACUACGACAACCUGGCCGGGCGGGACACGGAGAGCGGCUUUGUGACACUGGCGAGCACCGAGAGUGGCUUUGUGACCAACGACAUUUACGACAUGUGUCAGUUGCGCAGCAGUGGACGGUACCACCGCGACACAGGGUGGCUGGACAGUGACCUGUAUGGCUACUGAGAAGGCCCUGCUGUCUGUGAACUUCUAGCUCACCACUCUGUGCCACCUAGUAAGGGCUUGCUCUCUGUCCCCCAACCCCCCCACA